AGACAACAAAAGGCAAUCGUUUUUUACCUGUUAGCACAAGCAGGAGCUGCUUCUGAUGUGACUAGUUUCCUUUCUGAUUUCAAGCUAGAUCAUUUCUUGCAUAUGUCUUGAAUCAGGGGUGUAGAACUAGUAAGCGAAGAAACGUCUGUAGUCAUUGGUGUGGUCUAACGCAGUAGCAAUGAAUAUCGAUGCUGUCGCACUGUCAUUUUACUACUGAGACUACUUCUAGAUAAAGAAGAACCGACUCGUCACAUCGAUAUGAGAAAAAAUAUGGAAAGCAAGAUCAUGUUCGUUUUCAUGUCCUUGAUGUGCUAACAUCUGGCGCAAGCGCGACGCCGAAGAACGUCGACCACAUUGGUACGACAACGAAGGAAAACAACUUCGAUUUCAGAGACGGUGAUCGGUCUAGUAUAGCUCAGAAACUAGGACUUAGCGUAGCGCUACCAGCUCUAGGACGUAGUUUUGUUUUUGGCUCUUCAGCAGCCAUUCAUGUCUGCCAGUUUUCCUGGUAGGUAACCUAACCUAGGGAAUUGUAGGUCAACGACAACAUAUUCGGCAACGAAGGGAAUUGGAGGCAACGAAGGGAAUUGUAGGUGAACGACAAAAUCAAGUGCCCAGUAUCUUACUUCAACAAAAGCCAACAUCAUGGGUGACUUCGUGAAAGAAGAGCCCAUGGAGGGUGGAAGCGCCUCCUCCACCAGCAAAUUAGAGUGCCGUUUCAAAGAUCAAAGCUUGUUCAAGACGCUGCUGCAAUGCUCGGGCAGCAUUCAGCCGGAUUUGAUCACUUUCCGAGUACGAGAAAACAGCAUGUCAUACGUGGGGAUUGAUUCGAGUCAUGUACUGAUACUGAUAGUAGAUUAGUGAUUGUUAGUUCGUAGGUAUUUUCGCUAUCUCCGAGUUAAGUAUGGAGGUAAUUAUGGUGAUAACAUUAACACUUUAUUUAUGUAGUUGAUCUUGUGAAGAAUCUUGAAGUUGAAUGAGAUGCGACCACAAGCAUCACAAAUUAAUCCCUUCGUCUUAGUUGGGAACAACUCACAACUCACCCCUUGCUCCUCACUCCUCAGUGUGCCCUCGUCAACUGGGAACUUGGACGGGAGGCAUUUGAGAAUUAUUAUGCCACUACAGACGAAGAAAACGAGAACGGUGACAAGGAGUUUCUCAUCUCAGUGGAUCUGGAGCUAAUGAACAAGAUUUUGAAGAUCUGCAAAUCGAAAGACGUAUUCUUUUCAUUAUGUCUAUUCUUUGUCUUUUAGGACUCCGUGGAGUUGUCUGGACUAACUUAGACAAGCGUUCAUGUCGUACAAUUCCAUCGUGUAGUGUGUAUGUGAUGAUUCGCAUUCCAUGAUUCGCAUUCCAUUAGAAACAACCCGAUCAUCAGUCCGUUCAUUUGCGGUACAACUCGGAAGAUAAGCCCGAUGUGCUCGAAGUCACCUUACUCGAUCCCAGGGGGGAGCAAGCAAUAGCGCCCAAAGAGGAGGAGGUAUAUUUGACAGUUACGUGCACAAGAAAAAGUUUUCUUAUGAUUAUGUGGAUGAAUGCACUCACUUAGACUUACUUCAGGGAAGUCGUAGGAUCGACUAACAUCCUCAUCAUUUCACGAAACACUAAGCUUCGUGAUCCGUUUUCCGCUCCUGUUGUAAAGUCCAAGGAACGCAACUUUCUGAUGACAUUUUUUUCAAUCCUCCUCUAGGGCGCUGGCAGCGCAGGUAACAAAAAGGCGAAGCAAUCUCGUGGUGGUGCGGCACCUAGGUUAAACCAGUUCUCAAUAACUGUGAAGCCACAUUGUGGAGAUCGAAGUCUAGAACUUCCACCAAGCAAAGAGGACUGCUAUCACAUUCAACUGCCAAAGGACUGCUUUCGAUACGCACAGGAGAACCUGAUGGAACUCAGCGUGAGUACUAGUCUUUAUGAUUUAGAGUUUAGAUGAAGAUCCAUGGACGAGGUUUGUUGAUUAGGAUUUUCAAUGUGGGCGAUCGCUUGUACGUUGUAGUUGUAGUUGUAACUAGUACUAUGGUACUAGACGAUCAUGGAUAAGAAAUCAUUUUCUUGAGAUUCACCAUCUCAAACUUCGCAAUUAGGUGACCAAAAACACGCUACUGUUUUCAUGGCUUGCCCCAGAGAACCUAUCCGUGAUUCUCGGACCGGCAAUGUCAAGAAGUGUGACGUUGUCCGCUUCGGUUCCCAGAAUCAAAGUGGUGCCAUGGCUAUCGACUUCCUUGUAGCGGAGAGUUUAGAGGAGAAGAAACCAAAACAGGAAAUGCCCGCUGAUGCACCUGCAGCUCCAUUGACGUCGGCAAAAGUCUUUUUGACAAGGAAAGAAGGCUUCGACGAUCAAAGCAAAUGCAGAUUCUCAAAUAGUAAGCUUUUGAUUUGCUUCGUUUUCUUGAUCACUGGAUUACGAUUAGUAGAGUAGUCAAUCUCCUUCCUACAUUGUGAUCACCAAAUAUUCAAAUACUUCUUCCACUUUUACCAACAGAUUCAAAUAUUUGGAUCCGUGGAAAAAAACACCACUAUUCAGACACCUAAGUAUAUUAGCCAAUAUUAUCAUGAAUCACGUCUUCCUCAUCCCCACUAUCCUCACAGAAUGGGUCUCCAAGAUCGGUCUUGGUCUUCCUAUCAUCGAGAACGUGCAGAUCGAGUUGGCUACGGAAUAUCCCGCAAUUUUCAUCUGCCCUAUCUCAGAGGGGAUGGGCGUUCUGCGAUGGGUAGUUUCGCCACACCUGGGAACAGAAGAAUUAUGGACUCAAACAAGUCACUAGGUGGACUCAGUCAGUAGUUGUCUCGCUUAAAAUUUCUCGUAGAAGAUGCAUGAAGAUCCAGCAUAUAUGUACUUGAUCUCGAAUUGUUGUAGUUUCUCUAGAGAAUGAUCCUGAAUAGAUGAAACAUACAUCCACAAAAAAUUCUAAGACAAGAGGGAGCUGCUGACGGUGAGGGUGACGGUGGCGCUGCUGCUGCGGACGACGAUGUCUUUGCGGAAGAAGAUGAAUUCUCUGACGGCUAA